CAGCCCUCUCUCUCUCUCUCUCUCUGUCUCUCCACUUUCUCUCCCUUCACGUGCUCAUGAUCAACCUAUCAUGUGACCUCUCUCUGUUCCUGAAUCCUGACUACUCUAAUCAAGUAAUCAUCACUCCUCCUCCUCCUCCCUCUCUGCAAUUAAUUUUCUUUCUCGGGUCUCUGCCGCUUCCCACUCAAGCUCAGCUCAGUCAAUACACCCCCAUUGACUCUCCAUUUUGAUCAUUCCUUCGCUUCCUGUCUCCAAUCAAACCGUCCAUUCCAAGCUUCAACAGAGCAAGAAACGGGAAAGAAACCAGGCGCGGGGAGAGAGAGAGAGAGAGAGGUCUAUGUAGAAUCCAAGCAUGGGCUGUUUCCAGUCCAAGACUGCCAACAUUCAGUCACCAGACGAAGACGCCCCUCCGCCCGAACCCAAGCCAGAUCCAGCGAAUGGGGAGACGUUGGAUCAAGAUCAAGUGCCUCCGUUCAAGGAGUUUGGUCUGGCGGAGCUCCGAACGGCCACCAAUGGCUUCAGCAGCGACUUGAUAGUGUCGGAGAGCGGAGAGAAAGCUCCCAAUGUUGUUUACAGAGGCAGGCUUCGCAACAAUCGCUUUGUCGCCAUUAAACGCUUCUCCAAGCAGUCUUGGCCCGAGCCUCAACAGUUUUUGGCAGAAGCUGCUGGAGUUGGAAAGGUUCGGCAUAAGAGAUUGGUGAACUUAAUUGGUGGUUGUGCCGAGGGAGAUGAGCGUCUACUGGUGGCAGAGUACAUGCCCCAUGAUACACUCUCAAAACAUCUCUUUCAUUGGGAUAAACAACCUUUGCCAUGGGAGAUGCGUGUUAGAGUUACACACCACAUUUCACAAGCUCUUGAUCAUUGCAGUGCUGAAAAUAGGAAAAUCUAUCAUGAUUUGAAUGCUUACAGAGUUCUUUUUGAUGAGGUAGUCUUUGCUGUUCUUUUGUUAUUUUGCCAGAAUGGUGACCCCCGACUGUCCAGUUUUGGUCUUAUGAAAAAUAGCCGAGAUGGAAAAAGCUAUAGCACCAACCUGGCUUAUACGCCUCCUGAGUUUUUGCGCACAGGUAGGGUCAUCCCAGAGAGUGUGGUCUACAGUUAUGGAACAGUUCUGCUGGACCUUCUGAGUGGAAAGCAUAUCCCUCCAAGUCAUGCACUGGAUUUGAUAAGGGGCAAAAAUGUGUUGUUGCUGAUGGAUUCAUCCUUGGAAGGACAGUAUGCUGAGGAAGAUGCAACUGCAUUGGUUGAACUUGCUUCAAAAUGUCUUCAAUAUGAGGCGAGAGAUCGACCAGAUGUCAAGUUUCUUCUCACAGCAGUAGCACCCCUGCAAAAGCAGAAAGAGGUCGCAUCCCAUGUUUUGAUGGGUCUGACAAAAACUCCUGUGGUGCUGCCGACCAUGCUUUCCCCUCUUGGAAAGGCUUGUGCAAGAAUGGACCUGACUGCAGUUCAUGAUAUCUUGCUUAAAACAGGCUAUAAAGAUGAAGAGGGUGCAGAAAAUGAGUUAUCAUUCCAAGAAUGGACUCAACAAGUUCAAGAUAUGUUGAAUACAAAGAAGUUUGGAGAUAUUGCAUUUAGGGACAAGGAUUUCAAGAAUGCCAUUGAUUAUUAUUCAAAGUUGGUAUCAAUGAUGUCUGUCCCUUCUGGUACUGUCUUUGUGCGUCGAGCCCUUUCCUACUUGAUGAUUGGUCAACCUGAAUUAGCCCUAAGGGAUGCCAUGCAGGCUCAGGUGUGCUUGCCUGAGUGGCCCACUGCCUUCUACAUGCAGGCUCUUGCCCUAUCCAAACUUGGAAUGGAAACUGAUGCUCAAGACAUGCUAAAUGAUGGAGCCUCCUUUGAGGCCAAGAAACAAAACAGCUGGCGCGGUUAACUUCAACAACCUGAUGGCUGCAACUCCAGUUUCUGCUUCAUUCAGGAAAAUCUGAUCAAUCCAAUUGCUAAUAGGCUGCAAGAGAGAUUCAUUUGGGGAAACAAAUUAGAUGGUUUUUUCAGUACCUAGUCUGUUGUAGACAAGAUAGUAUCAUAGCCAAGAAAUGUAUAAAGCUCUUAUAAUUGCCAAAUAAGUAUAUUUAUUAGUUGCCCAUCAAUUUCAUUUUGUUUUAGCCCGUUUCUCUGUUGCAUGGAAAUUGGUUGAACUCGUUGAUUAGGGCUUCCAGUAUCAAAAGGUUGUGUUUUAGAUGAAGAGAGCUCGCUAUAACACAAGCUUCGGCUACUGCCUUGCUCAAAUCCAGUUUGUUGAACAGUUAAAUGUGCUCUAUGCUUGUUAGCAUUUGAACUUGUGUCUGGCAAUUGAAUUUGUUUCAGAGAGCUACAUAAUACACUAUUUGAGCGCUAUUCUUUUGACA